AUGAGUCCCCUGAAGGGCGAGGUCGAGGACCGCAUUAUCGGCGGCUUCCCGAGUAGUUCUCCCCCGCCGCCGAACCUUGUUAGUCCCAGUAAACCUGGGACGUCAAAUGGGCUUGGGAACGGUCGUACUCUGCCACCGCUGCAGUCGGAUUCGGGGGAUAUGGGACCUCAUGGGAAAUCCCAUGUGAGGAAUGAAGACGAUGAAGAUGAUAAUGGAUCAGGUUUUGAUCUUGCUAGGGGUUUCGAACCUAUUGGCUCAUACCAUCGACAACUAGGCAAUGCUGCCCGUGCCGCUGCUACUUGA